AUGAUUGAAAAGUCGAACAACCCGUAUCUAACGAUAGACCCAAUUGUAGACAGAACGAAGCAAAAUGGUGAAGAGUUGCCCUUAAUAAAUGGGAAGGUAAAAGGUCAUUUGGAUUUUACUCAGAUAGUAGUAUAUUUGGUAGGUUUAUCCGAUGGACUAACUCAUUUAGCAUCGUUAGCAGUAUAUUAUUUAUUUAAAGACUAUUUUAGGUUAACACCUUAUCAAGUAUCGUUAAUAUUGAUGUAUCCAUAUAUUCCUUUUAUAUUAAAACCUGGUAUUGCAUUAAUAACAGAUUCUUUUUCAAUAUUUGGUAUGAGAAGAAAACCAUACUUAUUUGUAUUUAGUCUAUUUCAGUCAUUUAACUUUUUAGCAUUAGCAUUUCUAAAUUUGACAGUGGUACAAGCAACUUUAAUUUUAUUUUUUAUCUCCUUAUGUGCAUCAUUCUGUACAACAGUAGCAGAAGCAUUAGUAGUGGAAAGUUCUAUUGGAAAAACAUAUAGCCAGGGGACAAAUAAGGUAACUGAGUUUAUUGCUGCAAAGGCUAUAGGUAGUUUAUCCGUUGCAUAUUUUUCAGGGUACUUUCUAGAAAAGAUGUCUAGAGAAUAUAUCUUUAUGACCACUUCCAUAUUUCCAUUAAUUAUAUCUGUAUCAUGUUUAUUCUUAAAGGAAAAGCAAUAUGCUACAAAUAAAAAUAUUGUAAAACAGUUAACUGAUUUAGUGAAAUUUAUUAACACACCUGUAUUUUUAGGUCCUUUUCUAUAUAUUUUCGUAUAUAUGUCUGGACCUGAUUAUGAUGAUGCUUUUUUUUUUUUCUGUACAAAUAAACUAGGUUUUAGACCUACUUUUAUGGGAACCCUAAGAUUAACUUACGGUAUUGCAUCAUUAAUAGGUAUAAUAGUAUAUCGUGUAUUUUUAAAAAAUCAUGGACUUAAAAAAUCUUUAAUUAUUACAACCUUAGUAUCUUUUCCAAUAUAUAUAUCGCCAAUCAUAUUAACAGAAAAGAUAAAUAAAUAUUUUGGUAUAUCGGACGAACUAUUUGUUUUAAGUGGAGGUUUCCUAAUUGAAGCAAUUACAGAGAUACAGCUUUUACCUCUUUUUAUUUUAACAGCUAAUAUAUGUCAACCUGGGUUAGAAGCUAGUGUUUUUGCUACUAUUCUCAGUGUAAAAAAUUUGGGUUCUCUAACAAAAAAGGGUACCUCUUCCUUUUUAACGUAUCUAAUGAAUAUCGACAGUUACAAUUUUGACAGUCUUAGUGUGUACAUAUUAAUAUGUGGCUUAUUUCUGCUCCUCUCCUUAACACUCGUCCCGCUACUCCCUGAUGAAGAGAAAAUAGACAAGCUCAAGAAUGAGCAGGCUGGCAAGUCCUAA